CCAUUCAACAACCCUACACGUCCACGUCCUCUUCUGACUGCAUUUGGCUAUAUAUUGAAUUGCCGCUUUAAAACUGUAUAAAACAUGUAAUUGCUCAGUUAACAGAACAAAGAGUAUCUCAAGAUAAGCACAUAAAGCCCAUUAAGCGAGGAGUGCGAACAGCCCUGAUGUGGAUCUCGGGCCAGCUAGUGUUGCUCCUUCUGGUGGCACUUGUUGCCGCUAAAACAAAAACUUCUGCUGUGCAGGAGGACGUGUCCGAAUACAAGGACUUUAAGAAACUACUGCGCACCAAGAACAAUGUCCUGGCGCUCUAUGUGACUAGUGCAAAGGCAGCGGCCUCCGAACUGAGGGUGUUCCGUGAGGCUGCAGAGGCGAUACGAGGCACCGGUACCAUGUUGCUGGUGGAUUGUGGACAGCAGGACAGAAAGAAAUUGUGUAAAAAGCUGAAAGUCACACCGGACCGGUACACGCUCAAGCACUACAAAGAUGGCGACUAUCACAAGGACUACGAUCGACAGGUGAGUGUCGGUUCCAUUGUGACGUUCAUGCGUGAUCCGUCCGGCGAUUUGCCCUGGGAAGAGGAUGCUGACGGCAACGAUGUGCUGCACUUCAGUGACUCUGCCACAUUCACGAAACACCUGCGCAAGGACAUACGACCCAUGCUGGUUAUGUUCUAUGUGCCCUGGUGUGGCUUCUGCAAGAAAAUGAAGCCCGACUACGGCAAGGCGGCCACAGAGCUCAAGUCCCAGGGCGGCUAUCUGCUGGCAGCCAUGAAUGUGGAGCGCCAGGAGAAUGCACCUGUACGCAGACUAUUCAACAUAACAGGAUUCCCCACACUAAUCUACUUUGAGAACGGCAAGCUUCGCUUCACCUACGAGGGGGAGAACACCAAGGACGCCUUGGUGGCGUUCAUGCUGAAUCCCAAUAUAAAACCCACGCCCAAGCCCAAGGAGCCCGAGUGGUCAGCUGAUACCAACUCGGAGAUAGUUCAUCUCACCAGCCAAGGCUUUGAGCCCGCACUGAAAGAUGAAAAGUCCGCCUUGGUCAUGUUCUAUGCGCCCUGGUGCGGCCACUGCAAGCGCAUGAAGCCCGAGUAUGAAAAGGCAGCCCUGGAGAUGAAGCAGCAGAAGGUGCCCGGUCUAUUGGCCGCCUUGGAUGCCACCAAAGAGCAGCCGAUUGCCGAGAAGCACAAGGUGAAGGGAUACCCAACGGUCAAGUACUUUGCGAAUGGCGUCUACAAGUUUGAUGUCAAUGUGCGCGAAGCAUCGAAAAUUGUUGAUUUUAUGCGGGAUCCCAGGGAGCCGCCGCCGCCACCACCACCAGAAAAGAGCUGGGAGGAGGAAGAUGACAGCAAAGAGGUGCUCUUUCUCAACGACGAGACCUUCAGCUCGACGCUGAAGCGCAAGAAGCAUGCGCUGGUCAUGUUCUACGCCCCCUGGUGUGGACACUGUAAGCACACCAAGCCAGAGUUUACAGCGGCCGCCACAGCGCUGCAGGAUGAUCCACGCGUUGCAUUUGUCGCCAUUGACUGUACCAAGCAUUCCGCACUCUGUGCCAAAUACAAUGUCCGUGGAUAUCCAACAAUUCUGUAUUUCUCCUACCUGAAGAUCAAGCUGGACUACAAUGGUGGACGCACCAGCAAGGACUUUAUUGCCUACGUGAACAAUCCGCCGAGCACAACGGACCACACUGAGCUGUGAUACGCUGUCGACACACCUAACUAACGAUAGUUCUUUCUCAUUAUUUAGCAAUCUCAGUUCGUGUAAUAAUUCUAGUUGUAUUCCAUUUCUAUUAUUAAUUUCCCCAUUAACCGCAAAGUAUAUAUGUAUGUAUCUAUGCCCACGCCUUGGCUAACUAAUAAAUUACGUUUAAGCUUCA